CUGACGCACUCCUUCAUAGUUUGGGGUAUUUUUUCCCAGCCUUGCGUCACCCUGACUCUUGGUAAUAUUAUAAAUAUCCCUCCUACAGAGCUGCUGAUUUCAGAGUGGGUCUGAUCAUUGUGAUACCCAGAGGCACAGUGUUACCCCUAGCACAGCCGGAGUAAAAGAGGAACAGGUAAGGACUGAGGAUUCUAUAUAUAUUCUGAAAUGAUGAUCAUUGAAUACUAGUUGGAGAGGGGCAUGUUUAAUAGAGCACAGCGUUUACGCUCGGGGACAUUGCUAAUGCUCAAUUUGUUACAUACAGGAUGAGCAGUAAUCUUUAGCAACAGACUGUAGUUCAAUAGACAGGAGUCAGCACCUUGGACAGCGCACGGUAUCUCGUGUGUUCCCAUGUAUUCCUGACUUGUUCAACCCAAUAACAAUAAUAUAUCGAAUACUGCGAGCUCAAAAGUUAAAGCUGUGGGUUCUAGUUAAGUGCAAUGAGAUUAGCACUAAAAUGCUUGAAAGACAGCAGCAAUUAGCAUCCAGAUACAAUGUUAAUGCCCUUUAAUUGUAACAAAAAUCUACAUUACGCACACAUUGUGAUUGGUUAGUUUGUUUUCAUUGACUGCUACUGACCUGGUGACUUUUAAACUUUAUUCUGAUGAUCUGCUAAUGGACUGAUAACAGACACCUGCUAAUAACGAUCAUGUUGUAAAUCGAUGAGCAGACAUGGACUUGGAGCAUUGGGCUGGCUUGUGUAGGAGUGAGAUUGAUUGGGAUUUAAAUGGAUUAUAUUUCAGGGAAAGGGCUUUCUCCUAUGUCAACAUUAUAGAUCUGCCAAAGCUCUAUAGAUGAUAAUGGCAUGUUUAGACAUGGGAUUUAAUCUGUCUCCCAUUGAAAUCAAACUACUCACACUAAGGGAUUUGGUCCAGGUCAGUUAUUACAAUAAGGCAAAAGAGUGGCACACUGGGUAACUGCGGAGAGUUUACUGCUCCCGGCGAAAUGUCAAAGUUUGGUCAAAUAUGAGUCAGCGUAGGCAUGUUGCGGAUCCCUUUUCACAUCAUGCUCAGACAGCCAAAGAUCGCUAUCACUGCCCUGGGAGGGUAUGUUACGUGUUCCUGACAAAUGAUGCAAUGGGAAAUUCUGUUGUUAAAGUUACUGCAAUGAUAAGUACACUAAUAACGUGAAAACAAGUAUAAGGACUGUGUAGAGGGCAUUUGUAGAAUCUGUCAGAACCAGGAGAGUUACUUACACUUAUAUAGUAUACUAUAUUACAGAGGAAUGAGUUAGGUACAUAAAGUACGGGUCAAACCUGGACAUGCCCUCUCAAUGUUUAGCUGGCUAAUUGCAAGCAAAGUGUCGCAUGUUAACUUUGCUAAUUAACCCCCGUAGCCAGCUGUUCAAGGAGUUUUUUCUAAAUACGAUGAUUAUUCUUUCUUUUCUUUAACCAAAAUGACAAUCUAUUGACAAUCCCAGACUAUAUAUUUUUUAGAAAAUGUAUACAACUAUCCACACACAGUCUAACACACACACAAACACACGCAACUAUACAUACUCUCAGAGACAAACAUUCACGCACACAGUCUUUCACACACAAUCACACAAACACACACAUAUACACAAACCAUUCCUUACCAUUUAGCUCACUGAAACAAACCCGUAGAUCUGUGCAUGCUGAACCAGUGGGGUUCUAUGAAGACGUGUUUGAGAACCCCUGUUUUAUUGCACCAGUGCGUUAUAAUAAAGGAGCACAGUACUUAGAUCUAUAAUGUGCUUUCCAUGUUUUCAUCAAAAAUGAGGAGGGGGACAUGUAAAGUAUUAGAAGUAAGAACACUGUGAGGGGGAGAGAGGAAGAAAGAGAGAGGGGGGGAUGGGGAAUACAUGGAGGCGAAGAGAAGGAAGAGAGAGUGGGGAGAAAGAAUGUAGACAAGUCAGAAAAGAGUCGAGAGAGGAAACAUAGGGGAGAGCUUAGAAUAAAAAAAUGUUAAGAAAAAAUAAAUAAUGUCCCUAUUAAAUACUAGAGAUAGUGACUGUAUAUCGUGCUACAUACAAAGAAACAUGGAUAACAUAGCCCAACACUCAUCUGCUCUUGUUUGUUUGGGGCUGAAAUAAUCCUAAUCACAAAUCUGCAAGGAUUUCUGCAGUACACAUGGUGCAGGAGGGGUAUUACAGAUACACCUAGCCUAUCAUUAGCUGUGUGCAAGCUAUGCCUAUAAUAAGUAUAACACACCUGAAGACUUUUUAUUCUGCAUAUUUUAUUUCUUUCCAGCAACUCAACACAAUUAUUCUGUUUCAAAUAUUAAAAACAUAUACUAUUUUAACCCCUUAAGGACCAAACUUCUGGAAUAAAAGGGAAUCAUGACAUGUCACACAUGUCAUGUGUCCUUAAGGGGUUAAACAUUGCAAACAUGCGAUUCUGGAAAACUUUCUAUUAUAUUAUAUUCUUUCUUUUCCCACAACCUUCCAGUCCCUCACAUUAUAUAGCUGCUUUCCUACAUAUGUCCAUUUAUCCCUUACCCCAUUCUCUCCAUAUCCUCUCCUCCACACCUCACCAGACCCAACACAAUCACAUCUACAACACUCACACAUCUGUAACACUCAAAUAUGUGUUUAUGUUCUUAAGUUGUGUUGACUUUACCUCUGAACACGCAUUAAAGCCAUUCUAACACCAUAACAUUGACAUGACAUACAUACAAGCUGUUAGCCCCUUGUCCACUUAAUCUGACACAUCACCAGGAGGGAGAUAUGGGUUAUAUAUUAUAAUUAUUUCCAAAGGGAGAAACACCUGGGUACUAAACAUGCUAUUAUUUUUCCUACUUUAUAAUCCCGGGUUGCGAACCUAAUUCGUUUAAAUAAAAUAACAACUAACAAAGGAUGUGCCUAAUUUGCUGAAACCCACUGAACUGCAGUAAAGACACAGUGGGCUUUGCCCCAUAGGGUUUCAAAGGAGCAACAAGUUUUGCACUCAUUGCGAUAUUCAUGAAAUACUGCAUGUUAAUUUCAUGACUAAAUAGAUCAGACACUUUAUUAUUUAUUAUAUGUAUGCAUACUUUACUUUUCAGUUUUAAGGGUUAUGGCUAAUUAAAUUGUGUUUAUAAGUGCAUACACACACAAAAAGACACAACAUAAACACAAACAUGCACAAAGGUAUGUAUACAUUUAGGCACGUACACAAACAUACAUACAUAUAUGCAUUUACAGAUGCAAAAACAAGUGCAUACUUAAAAAUCAGUAUAUAUAAACACAUACACAAACAGGCAUGCAUUCAUCCAUACGAACAUAACAUAUUUAUAAACAUGUAUUUAUAAACAGGAAAACGUGGUAUUUAUAUAGUGCGUACAGACAAAUAGAGGUAUUAUUACAAAUGCUCUAUGUUUUGUGUUGUUUUUGUGUGUUCAUCUCUGUUCUUGUUCCAUAGUGUUGCAUAAAACAGUUUUCACUUUUUACGAAAAUUAUGGUAUAUUGAUGGUAUAUUGGUGGGGAAAAAAAAUCCCUGAUUGGUAAUGUGCGAUUCAACUACAAUACAGGAGGAGUGUAAUAUAAACAUGGAAUAAAUUGCUUAUUAAAAUAUCCCGGUAUCUUUCAAUAUGUAGGGAUACAUUCUUUCACUAAUCAAGAAUUGCAGAAGUAAUUAGUAAGAAUUUAGAACGUAACGGAUUUACUUACAUAGAACAACAAUAACAACUGAGAGGGUGAGAACAAGACAGGAGAAAGGACAGCGAUAGGAAGAAAAGAGGGAUGUAGGAGAACGACAAAGCGAGGAAGAAUUGGAGGUAAAAGAGUGUAAGUCAGUCCAGAGGUAUAGGAUGACAGAACUGAUGUAGAUCAGCCAUGACAAGUCUUUUCCUGGGUUUUUGGCUGCAGAAGGCAAACACAUAAAGCAAUAUGUUGUAAGACCUUAGGGGCAGUGAAUUAGGAAUGUAGUGGAGAAGAUAGGUUUAUAUGCCAAUUUCAGGGGGUAGCUCCUCACUCCAUUUCGCCUGCACUGAAAUUAAUUUAUUAUGACCUGAUGGCAUCCAGUUAAGCAUGGCAAUCCCUUGUUUGCGUCAGCCUGUGCAAACAUAUGACAGUAAGGGCUAGUAUAAAAGCUCUAUCACAGCUACCUGGAGUACAGUAUCUCCUCUGUAGCACUGCCCAUUCCUGCUACUCUAUUGGAAAAGCAGAGCAGAUAAGAAAGGUAAGCUUGCAGCAUCCCUCUACUGAGCAACCUGCUCCUGUGUCUAUAUAGUCCUGCUCUAUCAGAAAAGGUAGCAUUGCAUAGAAAUCCAUCCCGUUUGUAAUUUAUAUUUUGUUCUACGUGCAGUAUGGAGAGUUUUAUUUUUUUAAGAUUUUUUUUUCUACAAAUGCAAAUAAUAAAAAGUGUAGGUCCAUGGGAGAUUUGGACUCACCAUUGUAUUUAACUGAUUGGAAUCGCCAUUGUAGUUUGUAUCCGUAUGGUAAUGUGCUAUUUACUAUAUUUUCAUAUUACUAGUUGAAACUAUAUUUUUCCCGAUUAGCCAUUUAUUACUAGGGGAAGAGAUCAUGAAACGUCACCUUUCCGGCACUGAAGGAGUUAAAUGAGUUUGUAUACUGGGGGAGUAGAGUAAGGGAGAAAGAGUGAUAUCACCGAUCUAGUUGAAUUGGAACUGAUGUCCUGCAGUCAGCGUGUGUUCGAAUUGAAUUCGAACGUUUGAAAAUGUAGAAUCAGGUAGCAAAUAAGCAAGAACGAUCUUUCUCUUUAUUCAGCAUACAAGUGUGAGCAAACCCACGCUAGAGAGGGAAGACACAUCACCUUUCUAGACACUGUAUGCUGUCUGAUGUUUUCCUUUUUGGAAACCCAUUUUGGGAUGCCUCACUUGCUGUGGUGCUGCUACUAACUUAUUUUAACCACUUAAGGACACAGCUUCUGAUAUAAAAAGGAAUCAUGACGGAAAAUGUCCCUCAUGUGUCUUUAAGGGAAGCUGAAGUGUUUGGAGUGUUAAAUUAUUUUCUUCCCUCCCUAGUCUCCACUAGGGUCCACCAACAUCUACCUGCCAUUAUGGGGUUUACCUAGGAUCAAUGGGGUGGAGGAAUGCCCCAAAGAUAGUUGCAUGGGACACCUCUGGCAUAGUUUAUGUCUCUGUAUAAAAUGUUUCAUACAUUAAUACCCACGAAGGGUGUACAUUUGCACUGAUAAAUAUGCAGUCAUUUUGAGCAUCUUGAUAAGACUUAGUGCAUCUAUUUAGAUCACAAUCAUUUAACAUAAUGAAGCUCAGUAUACGCAUGUUCAGCUAGAAAAUAGUCAAUCAAAAGUGCAGGCUGCACUAGUGCAAUGCUCCCAUUACUCUCAGCCAGCCACCUGCUAAGUCUAGAUUAUUUACAAACACACCUGUUGUUACAACGCUAAAUCAACAUAAAAAAACAAGGUGUAUAUUUUAUGUGUGAGGGUUACAGCCAGCAAAUCUACUAUUCCCUUCCAACAAAUGCCACCUAAAUGAGUCAAGUUUUGAGUGUGUGAAAACUGUAAUGCAAAAAAUGUGAUAGUGCUGCAGUUUGUUGACACUGCAACCUGGUACUGGAAAGAGCCAAAUAUUGAAUUGGUUGUUAUCAGUAACUACUAUUAAUAAAUAAUAUGUUUGACUAAUCAAUUUCACAGAAACUCAGUUCGAUGUUUGGUUUUGCUGACAUGCAAAAUAUGGGUCAAGCUAGAUCUGCUGUGCUUUGUAAAUUGAUGAAAACAUCUUUAUUUUUGCUGAAUGUUUUUAGCCUGAGGCAUGUUGUAGGCAGUUGACAGCACACAUCACUUAUCUAUUGCAGUUUACAAUGCAUCCUCAUAUAACAUUAGUAAUGUAAGGAAAAAUACCCACAUUUCACAUAUUGAACUUUCCAUAAAUACAUUGUUGUAGGAUGUCUGUUGACAUUUCUGUAGAUACCUUUGGACACUAAUACAGAUUUCCAACAAAGCAAUCAUUGAUUACAUGAUCUGUUUGUUAAAGUCAGUAUUCAUUAUAAACAUAUGGAAAAGUCAAUCUGUUAAAAUUGGGUCCAUGAAAAAAAAAAUGAUUCUUUUCUACAAUGGGUAUAGCUGUCCAGCUACUAACCAAGUAAAUGCAUGGAUUCAUCUUCUGAUACCAAAACAAGUGAUAGAUUUCAAGUUGGAUGCUCCUUAACAGUGCUGCACCAUUACCAUUACUGCUGAUUGAUCAAUUAUUACAAUCUCAAUAAUAUCUAUUACCUGUUGAGUAGGUGUAAUGUUUUAAUAAUGACUCUAAGUAACUGUCAUAAAAAUGACACAUACGAAUAUUCAACUCUAGAUUUCAAUUGGGUAUGUUCUAUUUGAAAUUUACGCUUUUUGGUUAGAUCCUGCUUUUAUCCUGAAAAACAAAAAUAUUAAACGAGAAUACAUUCUCCACAAGGUGUAAUCUAUAAUGUAUUUUUUUUACUUUUGAUUAACAUUAAACUUACUUUUUGGUUCCAUGCUGAUCUAUUAAUUGUCUACGACAAUGAAAAAGAAAAUUGUAUUUUUGAUUAGAUAAUCACUAUAAAUUGUUUUCUUUCUUUCUUUUUUAACCAAGUUUGUUAAGGUAUAUAUAAAGACAUGGAUGUGAAGUUAGAGCAUUGAAUGGAUGGAUAGAUGGAUGAUGGAUGGAUAGGUAGAUAGAUAGACAGAUCAUCUACGAUUUGCUCUGGGGUUAAUAUGGAUACACAAUUAAAGAAGUACAGUGCUAUCUAAAUGUUUAAUGUUUUAAACAUUUUUUUUUAAUGUUUUAAAAAUUCAGUAUGCUGGUUUCCCGGUUUUAACAACACACCAAACUCAAAGCCACACUACAUAUCUUUUAAAGCUUAGACACAUCACAGUUCUUAAAGGCCUGAUAAGGUUGUCCCCACAUGGCCAUGACAAUGCCUUCUCACCAUUUAAAUAAAUUGCUAUAGUAUUUUCUCCAUGAGAAGAUGAUGUUUUUACAAUUAUUCUUUUUCCUCAGCUAUGUACAGUGGGAUGUGCAUCUGUUUAUUACUUGCUGUGCUCUCAACGAGCUCAAUAGGACAGCAAACUACAGGUACUGUCAAUGAAGACCCAGGGGCUCCAGAAAUAGAGCAGCAGAGUCUACUGCAGCACCCAAGGCAUAUCCGUGCAUCCUCUACUGGCCAACUAAAGACCUUUCAGCGCAUAGAUGGAAAUGGAGAUCAAAAGGCUAAUUUUGGGGCAAUGUUGGCCAAAUAUCUGCAACAAAGAAAAGGUUAGCUUUUUCAUAUAAAGGAGCUCACUGUUUUUAAAAUUAAUAUGUCAAAUAAGUGUAUUAGUAGAUCAGUAUGUAGAUUAUGUUUUUUUUUUUUAUUUUUUUUUUAAGUAGUACCUAAAAUGAUUGUGGUAAAUGACACUUUUCUUUGAUGAUUCUGGUAACUGGUUUUAUUUGUUAAAAAAAAAAAAAAGAUUCCAUCAAGAAUAAAAAAUGUCUAUCAUGACUAAACAUAGACAUAUAGAGACAUAGAAUGUGAUGGCAUAUAGGAACCAUUCAGUCCUUCUAGUCUGCCCAAUUUUCUAAAUACUUUAAUUAUUCCCUGGCCUUAUCUCAUAUUUAGGAUAGCUUUCACGCAUUGGUUUCUACUAUUCAUCCAACCAGAAAGGGGGUAAAAUUAGAGCUAUCCACAGAUUAACAGGUUGUCAAUGCCUUAUAAACUCUCGUUGGGCUGAAUAUCUUGCAUUGCCAAAAAGGCACCAAUAUCUCUUUAAAAAACAACCUGUUUGGGCAGAUAAUACUACAUCUUUUGUUCUGCUUAAAGUGAAAUUUCUUUUUUUUUUAAGUCUCACUAUGUGGUUUUGCAAACAAAUUUAUUAAAGAACAGGUCACUAGAUAGCCUUUUAUAUACCGGUUUUGUACAAUGGUGUAUCACUUCUGACACACCAUUUCUAAAGUAAACAAGAUUAACUUUUCUAGACUGACUAUAUAGGCAAGAACCCCUUAUUCGUUUUGUAGACCACAUCUGUACUUUUGCCACUUCCAUAAUAUCCUUCAUUAAAUUUGAAGCCCAAUAUUGCACUAUGUCAGCAAGGUGGGGGUAUUACUAUUGAUUCAUAUAGAGGCAAAUUUAGUUUACAUCAAACAUAUUAGUACUCCUCUUUGCACAUGACAGUCCUUUAAUGGCCCUUGUAGUUGUUGUCUAACAUUGAACAUUGUUGCCUUGUCUGCUGCCUAUAAUUAUUUCUAAGUACUUUUCAGUUUUCAUUAUCCCCAUCUCAAUAAAUGUAUGGCUUAUAUUGCUUGUUUAAUAGCCAUCUCAAGAUGCACAUAACUAUAUUGAAUCUCACCUGGCUCUUGUUUACUGAUUCCUAUUGAAUAAAAAUCAAUUUUGGUUAUGAUAGAGUACUAUAUUUUAUUGUAAUGUAUAUUAUUUUUAUCAUCUGCAAAUACAGUGCUAUUUUUUUUGCUUGUCUGUUCCUCUGUUUAUUCACAACAUUCCAAAGGUUGGCAAGUCAUGUGAAAAAUGCCAUUUGAAGCAGUUAAGGUGGACACUUGUCCUAUAAUAAUUGAGUAAAAAAUAAAUUAAAAGGUCAAUCAAGUGCAGUCACAUGAGUCCAUGUGUUCAAUCUUUAAUUUCCCUAUGACAAAAUGACUGACCGCCUUGAAGAUUACAGGCCUGUAGAGUGUGUAGUCUGCAUUUGACUAUACAAAAAUUUGUAAUUACUACUGGCUUUUUUUUUUUUUAAAUACUCGACCUGUGGCCAAUUGCAGACAUUAUUUGUGUAUUGAUAGUACACACAUAAAAUAAACAUUAGAUUAUUUAUUAUAUAACAAUAGUGUCCUUAAAUUGCAUUUAUGUUAUAUUUACCCUACACACAUCUCAAACACCACUUCCUUUAAGGUGAACACAUUUGUAUCUAAGCAGACUGACAUCUCUAACACAUUGCUUCCAUAAAGCCUACUUUAAAGAGAGAAUCAUGUGUUCUGCAGAUAGCGCUGAUGGCAACCUAGGGUGAAUGAAGCAACCAGCGCCAUCUUUUAGAGCAAUAUGUAGGGUUAUAGGCGAGAUGGGAAUUUUUAUAAAGGAAUUUGAGCUCAAAAGAAAGUGUCAGAGGGGACGAAUUAUAGGCAAGACAUAGGAGAGGUGAUACUGUUAGAAACUCAGGAAUAGAAUGUGAAUGGCAGGAAAAAAAAGAUGAUGCAGGAUGAAAGGGUAAAAUGGGUAGACAUUAAUAGUAAAGCAGAGUGAAAAAAUAUUAUUGGGAAGUUUAUGUCGUAAAACAAGACCGUGAGAAAGAGGGGAAACCAGGACAUUGAAAAGAGAAAAGAAAAGAGGAAGGUAGAGAGAACACCUGAUAAUGGAUAAGAGACCAGGAAACAAAAUGUGAGAGAAAACACCAGAUGAGAAGUGAUCAGAAGACAGAAGAAAGGAAAUAAAGAGACCCAUGGGAGAGCGUGGGAUGAAAGAGCAAAUGAGGAAAAGGACAGUAAAGGAGAAAGGGGGCAGUCAAAGAGUUAUUUAAUAAACAGAGUUAGAGGGGCAGUAAGGGAUGGGUGAAUAGAGUUACUGACAAAAAAAAAAGAUAAAGCUGAGCAAGAGGCUAAAGAAAAAGUAACUAGAUAAUGGAGAAAAAAAAAGAAAAUGUAGAGAGUCAAGAAAACCUAUGAGAGAUGGGGAGAACAGUUGUAUAUAUGUAUUUCCAAACAUUUUAAGGUCCUCUUUGAGUCAGUUCAUAUAAAAAAUAAAAACAAACUGUUCCUUGCAAAUUAUUGUAGCGUUAGUUUGUUUUCAGGUUCUUUGAUAUGUUUGGUUUGUAUCAGCUGCAAAAUUAACAGUUCCCCAAAUUAUUGUAAUGAAAUAAUCAAUAUGCAUUAUUUGAGUUUUCCCAUAUUUUUUCCAAUUGGUAGUUUACCAUUGAUGGCAUACAUAUGGGAACAGCCAACAGUUUUUCACAUUGAAACAUUGAAAAACAAUCACCACCACAGGUUCAGAGUUGAAUGUUUUUUCCUCUGAUUGUUAUUAUCUGUGAACAAUGGAGAGUGAAUGAGAUAAUGUAGUAGUAUGGCGUAUGUGAAAACAGCACUGCAGAGAUCAUCAGUGGGGUAAAACCAUUGUAUAUAGGAGAACUAUACAAGAGUAAAUAAAAUACAAACAUGAAAACAUAAUGUAACAUCCCUAGACAUAAUGCCAAACAUAUAUACAAUAAAGGUGACAGAGGGGUAAUUACUGUGUAUAGAAACCUAUGUACUGACUCUAAGGUUUAUGUUUUUACUUUAAACUAAUGAUUUUAAAGAAAAACAGUUCAGAGCUUUCCUUUCAUGAUGUACCCUGAUUUAAUAGCACUACAACCUACCAAUUAUUGCUUCUCUUGAUAUAUUAUUCUUAAGACUUCCAGUGCGUGAGUUGGAAUAUUAUCAAACAUUAGUAAGUCUACUAAAUAUAUUUGAUUUACAACAGAUUGACAUGUGGCAAUGUAUCUUGCAACAUAUUUUUAUGAUAAAUUGUUUAUGGGCUAAUAUUUUUUAUGGUAAAUGUAUUUUGAAAGUUCACUAUUAUGGUGUCAUGUAGUACGGAGAACUAUAAGGAGAUAAUAAAAAUAAAGAGGUAGGUUACUAGCCAGUUGGCAUGGAUUAAGCAAAGAUUGUAGAUAACAUCGAUGGAGAGUAGAAAGGAUAGAGAAUAUAAAAAAAUUGAGAAAAGGAUGGAUGGCCUUUAGCACAGACUUUUAAGCCUAAAGAAACUGAUUCUUGGAGAACUUAUAAGUAAAGGGCACAAUAAGAUGCUGGUGUAUGAAAAUAGGAAAGGAGAGGGAAAUGAAAGGUCGAAAAUUGCUAUGUACACAUCUAUAAAACUGUAAUUCGGUGGGCUAACAUGCUCAUUAUUGAUUAAAGGCAUUCAAUAAUUCUGGAGAUUAGCCUCUAUUCUAUUCAUCCCUAUUCAACUAACCUUCAGGUAUUUACUAUUAACGUCAUAUCAUUUAACAUUCUAUAUAUAAAAAUGUAACGGUAAUGGACAAAAUAACUUUGGUAGAUUUUUAAGGCAUAAUACAAUCUACUUGUUAUUAAAGAAACACUUCAGAAAUCAUUAGCGCAAGAUUGUAUCUGAUAAAAAGAGACAUUAUACACUAGCAUGUGCAUUAGAGUUAAGAGAAGCAUUUCAUUGGAAAAUAAGGUUGAGAAUCAUUCAUACACAGGAAAGAAUUGACAGAGGUCACUCAAUAUUGAAUGCUUUGAUUUAUUUUAAACAAUGAACGUUAAUACACGGGUUUUAAGGAAGUAGUUGUUAAAGAACUGCUAGUUUUGUUUUUUUAUAAUUAUUUUGUUGAGUUUUUUCACAAAAGUAUUCACAAAGACAGUAUAACAAACAUAAGAAAAUAUAAAAGACUGAAUACACAACAAUAAAGUGCUUCUUCCAAAGUAUUCUUCUUCUUAGAUAUUUACCACAAAUCUUAUACAUAUAUAUAUCUGCAGAGUGGUGGAGAAGGGGGGACUCGUGAAGAACUGCUAUUUUUUUAAGGUCCAUUGAAAUGUGUUAGGUGUGAAUAUUCAAAUGUUGAGGUCUUUUCUGGACCAACUAAGGCCUCAAUUUAAUUUUGCUAGGUAAGCUUUCAAAAUGAUUGAAUAUUUUAGCUAAAUGUUUAUAAUGAUUUUUUUCAACAUUUUAAAACGUCAAAAAUGUAUCACGUAUAAACAAUAUAUCAAAUUUUAUGAAAAUAUUACAAAAUUUAAAUAUUUUAUACGUUAUUAAAUAAUUCUAAAAGUUUAGCUAAAAAAUUUGAAUUCAUUUGGAAGGCAUAUACAACAAUAUUAAAUCAAGGCCUAAGUUCAUCCAUCUUGACUGUCAUUUUCACACUUCUGGAUACUUUAUUUGAGAAAGUUACCAUUUUACAAACACAAAACAUGAUACAGGUGAAAAGUUUGCAGAUGAUAAAGUAUUGUUCCUUUUUUCCAUUUUUUUAUAUUUAUUGUAACACUGCCCUACAUGUUUGGGCUUGAGUCAAUUCUGACUAAGGCCUCAAUUUAAUAAACUUUCCAAAUGAUUCAAUACUGUUAUCAUAAAUGUCUACAUUAAUUCUUCUGUAAUUUGGAAAGUCUUUCUAACAGUAUUGAAUCAUUUGGAAAGCUCAUUAAAUCGAGAUCUAAAUGACACUAAAGUGUGAUUUAUCAGAAUUUCAAACUAAUAUUAAACAGAUUUUUAAAUUUAAGACUAAAAUAGCUAAAUUGGAAAAAAUCAGUCACCCAUGUUUUCAACUAUUUUGGUCUAUAAAUUGAAAUUCACUUUGAAUUUCGGACAUUUCAUGCCGAAUAAUUUUGCUCUAUUGUUUCCAUUAUUUCAUGCUGUUUUGCAUUUAAAUGAUAAUUUACCCAAUACGAGUAAAAUAUAUUAGAUAGUGUAGAGUUGUGAUUAUUCUUAAAGGAAGACUAUAGUCACCUAAAUUACUUUAGCUAAAUAAAGCAGUUUGUGUGUGUAGAUCAUUCCCCUGCAAUUCAAUUCACGGUCAUUGAGGAGUUAAAUCACAUUGUUUCUGUUUUUGCAGCCCUAGCCACACCUCCUCUGGCUUUGAUUGACAGAGCCUGCAUGAAAAAAAAAACUGGUUUCACUUUCAAACAGAUGUAAUUUACCUUAAAUAAUUCUAUCUCAAUCUCUAAAUUGAACUUUAAUCACAUACAGGAGGCUCUUGCAGGGCCUAGCAAGAUAUUAACAUAGCAGGGGAUAAGAAAAUCUUAAUUAAACAGAACUUGCAAUAAAGAAAGCCUAAAUAGGGCUCUCUUUACAGGAAGUGUUUAUGGAAGGCUGUGCAAGUCACAUGCAGGAAGGUGUGACUAGGGUUCAUAAACAAAAGGAUUUAACUCCUAAAUGGCAGAGGAUUGAGCAGUGAGGCUGCAGGGGCAUGUUCUAUACACCAAAACUGCUUCAUUAAGCUAAAGUUGUUCAGGUGACUAUAGUGUCCCUUUAAUGUACAUACUUCUAAAAGAUUUUUUCUUCUGGUGGCCUCAAUGAAUAAAUUACAUUUACAUAAAAUUAUGUUAUUGCAAUAUUCAUGAAAUAAAAACCAAAAGAAGCAAACACAGCUAAGAAAAGAGACAAAAUGCUUUGCCAUAGUCAUAGCACAGAACUAGUAAGGUCUUAAUUUUUUUAAUUAAUACAGUAAUUGCUUUGGUGCAUUAACACUUUCAAUAUGUAUGAUUAAUUGGAAUUAUGGUGUUGGAAUAUUUAGCAUAAUAUGUGAUUAAAUGAGCCAGUGAAGGAUAGUAUUGCAGUAAGAUGGUGUUAAAAAAUAAUGUAUAUAGACGAUGCUUGCACACCGCUGAAAAGGGUUGUUUGUCUGAAUCAUGCAGUUUUCAAUAUUGAUGAAAUACUUGUGAAAUGCCAUAGGUCAUGUAUAUGGAAACUAUGAGGAAAUUAUUUGCUAAACAGCAAAUAGUAAAUGAAUUAAAAACAAACUUCAAAAUUGGAGCUAAACUAGUCAAGCUGUGAUUCAGGUAUUUGCACAUAGAUUUUGAAAUUAGGUUCCCAAUUCACUAGAAUUCAACGUUUACUGAAAAAUCCCUUAAUGGAAACUUCCUCAGAUGAUUACUGGUGAAGUGUACAUGUUCUAAGCAAAUAUUUUAUUGUGUCUUCGUGAAGUUGCAUUGGAAAUUAAUUGGAAUGCACCUUUUUGUCAAUCAUGCAAACUAGUAACUGCUAACUGUUGGAUGGUAUCAGUAGCAUGCAGAUGUUACAGUAACACUUGAAGGACCACAGCUACUUUAGCAUGUUGUAGUGGUUAUGGUACCAGGAGUGUGUUGGCAUCCACACAAUGUAAGUAGACAAACAUGUUUUAAGAGUUUCACUUCUUAUUUGAGGGUUAUCAUGUGAAGCUCCCUGCCUCUCAGGAGAAGGGCUUAGGUCAUAUGUUGAGAGCAAACAGCUGGUGCACUCAUCCAAUGAGCUGGCAAUGAAUUGCAGGAAUUAGCUUUAAAAAGCUAAUGAAAGCUCUUGGCAGUAGGGAGGGAAGAGGCAAGGAGCUGCACAUGGUGUACCACUGGUAUGACUUGAAAUCAUUUAAAAAAAGUUUGAAUACUUACAUUAGGGGGGUGCCAGGGCACAAUUGGUGCUGUACCCACUCCAGCGCACAGUGGUGUGUAUUGUGCUUGAAGUGUUCCUAUAAAGACUAGGGUGGACUAUGAAAACCUGUCAGUAUUUCUUAGCAACAAUGAUCUACUAGCUGUUGGUAUUAACGAUGUCCAUGGUAAAGAAUCUCACAAGUAUGUCAUGGAUGUUCUGAAAGCCAAGGAAGUCAAAAAACUUAAAGAGUGUUUAUUUCUUAAGAAAUAUAUCUAGAAAUGUAUUUCUCAUUUGAAACGUACAUAACUCUAGUGAAAUUAUACACUGGGAGAUUGCGCUUUGAAAGCAACAGCAUUGAAAGUUACAGUAAGGCUAAUUUGUCAUCAAAUGCUUUUUUAAUAGUAAUACUUAAGGGGAUAGUUUAUUGAAGAGUAAAUUGUAGUAAAUUCAUAAGCCAUAAUGAAAAAAGUGGCUAAAAUGUUCAAGUUGUAAAGGAUCAUUUUACCAUUAACAAUAAAUUAAUUUUUAUUUUUAAUGUGUUCUUUUAUUGCUUUAGGUUAUACCCCGUACAAUUAAAAAAAACUACACAUUUUUAAAAGGCCUUUAAACCUACCUAUAAUGCAGCAUGACCGUCUUCUCUUUACAGAAGAGAUCUUGGUCUAAUCUCAAAAACAAGCAUUAGGAACAAGUGGCACAUGCACAGCAAUUACCCUACUCCACCAAACUGAUGCUUCUCAUGGAGAAGCAGUGACUCUCAAUGAGAAGCAAUGGGAACAUUGGAAACAUGAAAACCUUUCAUUUUUGUAGGCCUUAAGUAGGAAGUACAAGUAAAGCAAAACAAAGGAUCAGCGCUAAAAAAAACACAAAGAAAAAUGUUGAAAAAGCAGCACACCUAAAGGAAAACGGUUCCCUCACAAACCCUAAACAGUUAUGGAUACAGAAAGAAUGGGAGAAAGGUAGCACUAAUAAUAAAAUAAUAAUUAUAAUAUAUAUAACAGUGUAUAUAAAAUAAAAUACAAAAGUCCACAUUAAAAGGCCCGAUCAGAUUGAGAUAAAAUACCACUUGAAAGCAGUUUCUGUUUUGAAUGAUUUUUUUAAUUGCAUGAGACUUUUUUACAUACUCUGACGUUGACUUGUCACCAUCAGAGAAUGUAAAAAAGUCUCAUGCAAUUAAAAAAAUCAUUCAAAACAGAAACUGCUUUCUUUUUAUUAGGGCUGUUAUAUACUACUGUGUACUGAGUACUUUAUAGUUGGCAUGAAAUACAGUAAAUAGCAAAUGCAAUGUAUAAUGUAUCCAUAAAAUAGGUAUGUUUUACUUUUUAUCAGCCUCCAUAUUUGUAUAUUAUGGACACCAAUGUAACAUUUUCAGUAAGAAUUUUUGAGUUUAUAAUAAUCACUGUUAUAACAUCAAAUAAUCAUAUUAAUAAUAGCUGUGUGUUUUUGUUAUUGUAGCUGGUCCCUCUGGAAGAUACGCUGUUCUGCCAAAUAGAGGCAUCAUUGACCCUACCCAUCGGAUAAACGACAGAGACUACAUGGGCUGGAUGGAUUUCGGACGGCGCAGUGCUGAAGAAUACGAAUACUCUUCUUAAGUCAUCCAAACCUUUAACAUCACAUACUCACAUUUCUGUACAGCUAAAAUAAAUUAAUUUGUUGUCUUUACAAAUCAGUGUUUAAAAUAUAUAUUUAUUAUGUACUUGUUGUAAAUUUGUUUGUAAGACACAAUAUACAUAUGCAGAAUUUUCCAGAAAACAUUCUCUCUCUUUUUUGGGGGGCUCUCACCGCAUGUUGUUAAUAUACCAUAUUAAAAAGAUUUAAUUUAGCACCUUUUGUCAACACAAGUUGCUGGGAAUUACAGAAAACAACACAUAUUCUACUCAAUAAAAGAGCACAUAGUUUCCAUCUGUUGUCUGCAAACACGUUUCCAAUAAAGUGCAAAAUAUUUUAUCCCAGUUCCCUAAAUGCUAGUUGUAAGAUGACACUUGAAAUACACACUAUAUGAUUAGUACUCACAAAGUCAUAUUUUAAUUAAAAACUUGAUUUUACAACACAUAUAUGUACAUUUCACAUUGCAGAGAAUUAUAUGCUCAGGACCAUUACAGUAAUUAAUGUUUUAUGUCACUGUUUCUUAUUUCCCAUAUUCUUCUUAAAACAAUUAAUCUAGUUUAAAUUAUAUACUAUUGGUGGCAUACAUGGAACUGUAUCUUAGAGAUUAACAAUUAACUAAAUAAGUACAUGAAAACAUAAUAUACUUUUUUUGUAGCAAAUAUAUAUCACUUCAAGUAUGAAUGCAACAUAUAGACCACUGGCACACCAAGGCAUUACUGAUCGAAUCUAGAUUCUAGGAACUUCUUAUAAGAUAAUUAUAGUCCUUCUAGUCAUUCUUACAAGAUAAAUAUUUGAAUCAAAGGAGGAACUGACUGAAAUACUGUGGCUCACACUUAUGGGUGUAUGGGGGUCAAAUGGAUGGGGUAUCCUGGAUUAGUAUUUAAUUUAAUGUAUAGAGAUUGAUUACCCCUAUUUUGGGGCCUGUGGAAGGUCCUCCUGGAACACCUAAGCUCCAAAUCAGAUUACACAUUUUUCAGUGCCCCAGAUAAUCUAAACAACCCCCCACAACCUAUAAGCCAGGAUCUGGUGGACCUCUUCUUCUUUUGCUCCAUCUGUAAUGGUAAAUUUGGGAGAGCUGCAUUGAGCAAUGAAUUAUGAUCACAUUCCAAUGUGUUUGAUAAUGCUAGUGAUUCAGAAAGGGCCAAUAUCAUGAUGGCAUAUUUCUUUGAAAAAUAAGAAAAGUGAGGAUGAACAAUAAAAUGUCAUACUUUGUUGCUGUCAGUACAUAUGCAGGAUUAUAAGGGGGACCUGAAAAGGAUGUUAGGGAUAGGGAGAUGUGGAAAUACUAAAAUUACCUAUGUAGUGUCACAGCCUCCACAUUACCUGUGUUACUGGAUUUAUACAAGAAAGAUCAGGAAGAGGUGAUAUGCCUUAGUCACACUAUUCAACACUAUUAUGAUGGUUUUAUGUUUCAGGAAGCAAGGUAGGUCUUCAAUGAAAUACAUUGCCAGUCAGAAUAGAUUUUGGAAGGUAUUGGUAGUAGCUGUAAAUUUUUGGCUUGUGUAUCGAUGGUGUUCACAGGAGAGGACAUAGGUCUAAACAGGUGACAUAGGAGAGGACAUAGGUCUAAACAUCAAAGUUCAAAAACAACCUCAAGAGUGCAGAAUGAUAACCUCUCUAUAUUUUAUCGAUGCCCACAUGGCAAUAUGGGAGGGAGGCACAUACAUAAGUCUCAUCUCAAGUGCAAAAGCAAAGCUUUGAGUAAAGUGAAGAAAUUGGUUAAUGUGAUAUAAAUCAGGUAAAAAAACAGUGAACACUAUAGGCUGUAGAAGUUAACAAACACAGUGAUCAAGUGUACAGCACUUCCGACAAAUUAAACCACUUAUUUAGGGCACUCUUGAUUUCUAGAAAUUCCGUUUUUCUCAAGUCAUAAUUUCUAUCUAAUGAUGGAAUUGAUUGAGACCAGUAGGCAGAGAGUUUUAUAUGAUAACACUCCAUAAAGCUCUAGAAUGCUUUUCUAUCCACAGGCAUGGUUCAAUCAACAAUGACAUUUACUUUCAAUUUCUUAAUGUAUUAAUUUUGGUAUUACCGGAUUAUUGCAAAUAUCCCAGGAACAUGAUGAUUUAAAAGGCCUAGAGUAAAGAGAAGGUCAACACCAUUUUAAUGAUUUUUUCAGGGAGGAAGAUAAGAUCAACUGAUAGAAAACUAUCGAUAGGUGGAUCAAGUUGACGGUGUCCAAAGAUCUCCAAAUACUAUUUAACAUUGUGCUG